GCUUAUUGAUUUGAGACAUGUUAGGUAAAAGAGUAGGAUAACUCUUAUUCAACCUUUUUUAAUCGAAUUUUUCGCUUCUACAAUACGGAAAGGACACAUAUGCACACAAAAAGACAAUUCCUGCAGAAAAUUCAGACAGUGACCACAUGUGCUAAACGAGACACAAAGACUCUGACAACCACCGGUGCUAGUCCUCGGUCAUAUACUCGUAGCUUACAAGUUGCUCUGGCAGGCCAAUCGAUGUAAAUCGUCAAUAAACAACGUACUUAAUAGUGUAGGCUGCAACCUAAUCCACACUUCCACAGUGUAGGGGCUAAUUAAGAGUACCUCGCAGAUAUCGCAUCUUUGUUGAGUUCUAGCUUACAGUCCAGACAUGGAGCAUCUUCCCGUGUCCUUCCUUGUACCCUUCCUCCUCCUCUGUCUUAGCCUUAACCUUCUGCACUUCUGCGUCGCCGGCGACGAGCAAUUUGUCUUCUCCGGCUUCGCCGGUGCCAACCUCACCAUCGACGGCACAGCCACGGUCACCACGGAAGGAAUCCUUGAGCUGACGAACAACGAGGCCCAUGUCAAAGGCCACGCGUUCCACCGGGCUCCGCUUCAGUUCAAGGAGUCGCACAAUGGCACGGUGCAGUCCUUCUCGGCAACCUUCGUCUUCGCCAUCGUCCCCGGCCACCCCUACAGGAUCAGUACCGACGGCAUGGCCUUCCUCGUGUCCCCGACGACGGACUUCUCGGAUGCAGCGCCGGCUCAGUACAUGGGCUUCCUCAACAGCGCCGAGAUCAACCGCACCUUCGCGGUCGAGCUCGACACCGUCCAGAACACCGAGCUGCAGGACAUCGACGGAAACCAUGUCGGCAUCCACAUCGCCAGCCUCUACUCCCUGAAAUCUCACGCUGCAGGAUUCUACGACGACAACGACUGUACGUUCAAGAACUUGAGUCUUGAUAGCGGCAAGGCCAUGCAAGUUUGGGUAGACUACGAUGGGAAGGCAAAACAAAUCAAUGUCACUCUGGCUCCCAUGGGAGUGGCCAAACCAUCAACGCCGUUGCUCUCUAACAUCUCCGACCUAUCAACUGUGCUCACGGAGCAAGCAUAUGUUGGUUUCUCCGCCGCUACCGGACCCAUCAUGUCGCGGUACUGUGUGCUCGCCUGGAGCUUCGCCAUGAACGGACCUGCUCCAGCCAUUGACUUCAAAAAGAUGCCAAAGCUGCCUAAUUCUGGCCAUAAGAUCCUGUCAAAGGUCUUGGUGAUUGCACUGCCAAUAGCAGCUUUUGCAUUAAUCUUUGCUACAUGCAUUGUGGUCAUUCUACUGGUGCGGAGGCAGCUGAGAUAUGCUGAGUUGAGAGAGGAUUGGGAGGUUGAGUUCGGGCCGCACCGGUUCUCGUACAAGGAUUUGUUCAAUGCGACCCAAGGAUUCAAGAAUAAGAACAUAAUCGGCGUAGGUGGGUUUGGCAAGGUGUACAAAGGAGUGCUUCCAAAAUCUAAAUCUGAGGUUGCCGUGAAGAGGGUGUCCCAUGAUUCAAGCCAGGGGAUAAAGGAGUUCAUCUCUGAAGUUGUCAGUAUUGGUCACUUGCGGCAUCGCAACCUAGUGCAGUUACUUGGUUAUUGUCGACGAAAGGGGGAACUACUUCUGGUAUAUGAUUAUAUGCCAAAUGGUAGUCUUGAUAAGUACUUAUACGGCAAAGAGGGCAAGCCCAUACUCGAAUGGGCUCAGAGGUUUCAGAUUAUCAAAGACGUGGCUUCCGGCUUAUUCUACCUCCAUGAGAAGUGGGAGCAAGUGGUCAUCCACCGAGACAUCAAAGCAAGCAAUGUGCUCCUCGACGCAGGAAUGAAUGCACACUUGGGUGAUUUUGGCCUCGCAAGGUUGUACGACCAUGGAACCGACCUACGAACCACUCAUGUUGUUGGCACCAUGGGGUAUAUCGCCCCAGAGCUAGCACGCUCGGGCAAGGCGUCCCCUCUCACAGAUGUCUUCGCCUUCGGCACAUUCCUUCUUGAGGUCACCUGCGGCCGGCAGCCGGUCAGCAACAGCGUGCAGCACGGCCGGAAGAUGCUAGUCGACCGGGUGCUCGAGUAUUGGCACAGAGGAGCUCUCGCGGAGACGGUGGAUUCGAGGCUGCAAGGCAACUACAACUCUGACGAGGUAUGCAUGGUGCUGACGCUUGGACUAAUGUGUUCACACCCGUUUCCCAGUGAAAGGCCUACCAUGCGGCAAGUCAUGCAGUACCUCGAUGGCGACGCGCCGCUGCCGGAGCUGACGCCGGGGAACAUGAGCUUGCUGAGCAUGAUGCAGAACGAAGGGUCGUUCGACCAGUCCGUCCUGCAGUAUCCGUGGUCUGGGACCAGCAUGGGCACAACGACGACACCCGGCAUCCCAGUUGGAAGAUGAAGAUAUAUAUGCGUGGAUGGUAUCUCAACUUCUCAAUUGUGUGAUCACUCUUAAAGCCUACCAAAACUGUCACAUAAUACCUGUGCUGUAUUUGAUCACUCUUGGAAAUCCACAUGCGGGGUUCACCUUGUAGACCCAUGGAUCAUAUUGGUUUGUCGUUUGUAUGUUGCUUGGUAUUUUUGUGAAGUCCAUUUUCCUUGCCACUGAGUUGGCUUUGAGGUUC